GAUUUUUCAUGCGUUCCGUGCUCCAUCGGGCUGUGUAUAAGUGUAGGAAUCACGAAGGGUGCAUCAUGAGCAAGCGCACCAGGAACAGGUGCCAGUACUGCCGUCUGCUUCAAUGUCUUAAAGUCGGAAUGAACGUCAAAGCCAUCCGAGAAGACCGGAUGCCAGGAGGUAGGACAAGACACACAGGGGCAGUGAAGUAUUCCUCAGAAUGUAUAUCUCGCAUCUUAAAGGGUGACUACUCUGAUCCAGGUGAUAGCGGCAUAUUUGCGCCCAGUGGGUACUUUCCCUUGUCACCUCACGUUAUGGAGCCGCACCUUUCAAGGUUCCCCAGGAUUGGCCCAUCAUCAGUGUUUUGCUCUGGGAUUCCCCGUCAUUGUAUACCGUGCACGCCACCAGCCCUAUGGAAUCACCCUGGUCUAUGGACAUACAGUCGCCCCUGGCUUGACCCCAUGCACCCCGGACAGAUACCCGACAUCAGUCGCUUCAGUGCCGCUGGCCAACCAUGGUCGCUGCUGGCGCCCUCUUCACUUGGGGAAACGCAUCUCCCGCCUUAUGGACAUAGAGUGUUGCUGGAUGCAGAAAAGGCAACGCUGGCUGCAAUGGAAUUUGAAAAGAGACGUUUAACAGAUGCCAGGGAUAGGUGCAGGAACCUUCACAUGCUCUCCGAGUUAUCUCGACAGCGUGACAGCCACCUGAAGGAUGCAGUGACAAUUAAAAAAGAACCCGAGUGCGUUCAAGAUUCACAGUGUGGCGUUUCCAACGUAGAUGAUGAACAAGAACAUAAACAGACUGUGUUGAGGUUUUCAGAGAUCAUAGUUUCAUUGUGUAACGUUCACUCGGAGUGGAUCAAACGACAGCCCAUUCUUGACAAACUGACCUCAGAGGAGGUAGCCAUUUUGACAACCAAGUCUUUCUUUUCUGUGACAAUAAUAACGGCGCUGAUCUCUGGCGAAAAAUAUUUCCUUUCCCGACUGGCUCAGCUGUUGCAAACCUAUGUUAUUCCAACGAGAUACCAGACCCAGGAGUCCAGAAUGUUUUGCAAAAAACUGCUGACUCUCUGCAAACAUCUACUGGAUUUGAGGCUUUCCUCUGAAGAAUGGGCGGUCCUGAAGAGCUUUUGCUUCUUAAGGCAAAACAUCCUUAUAUCGCAUCACCUGACGGAGACCGAGCGUUUAGCCAAUCAUUUCACCCAAGUCCUUCACUACCUGUCCAGUUCGGUCACUCUUCAGCCGGCCACACGUGUACAAGCCAUGCUGGACGUCCUCGAGCCACUGAAGGUGGUCGGAGAAAACCUCAGUGAAUAUCCUCUGGAACAACUGCCGUCGAUCUUCAAACAGCUUCUGUUACAUCCGGUAGAGGAUGCCAAAUGA